UUCACAGCUCGAUCACACAAGUAAGUUUGUAAAGUUAGUUCAAAAAAAAUCCUCAGGUGUUUGCCCUGCUGCGGCCUGCCAUGGCCACGGCGACGGAGCGCAGUUUCCUGCAGCUGAGGAAACGCCUUGAUCAGCUCGGGUACCGGCAACCACUACCGAUAGAGUCUCUUCCCCUGGUGGAACGACUGUUCGAUGAUCUUGUUCAGACAACCGACAGCUUGAGAAAAGCACGAUCCGAACUCGGAGAGAAGCAACUGGUAGUGGAGGAGGCUCAUGAUUAUAUCGAGCCGUAUCAGAACGAGAACGCGCGUCUGGUGACGGAGAAUCGAGAACUCCACCUGCGUCUAAUCAAACAGAAAGAUGAGUGCACUGCUCACACACGAGAAUACAAGGCCAAUCUUCGUCGUCUGGAACACCAGAACUCUGACCUGACCUUCCUGAACACACAGUAUGUUGUACGCAUCAAGGCCUUGGAGAAAGAAGUCCGUGAUCGUAAUGAUCGCAUACAGCAACUUCAGGAGAAGAAUCUCCAGGCUGUUAUCCAGACUCCGGGUGGUCGAAAGAAGACGAUUGCUUUCCGGCGUCAGCGCAUGGAAAUUGACUGUCCCGUGCCACCGAGUGAUGCAGCUGGCAAAGCAAGCCCCGCCAAACUACAGCGUGACCCGUAUGUAGCCGACUUACUACGUGUGGCUGAUGCUCGCAUUACAGGCCUUACUGAGGAGCUGCAGAAGGCCAAGGAGAACUGCAACACGUCGGAGCGGCGGGCUGGUAUUCUAGCGGAACAAGUGGAGUCUCGCGACACAGAGAUUGAGCGGCUCGGCGGCCUGCUGGAACACGGGCGGCCACACGAACUCAUCCUGGCCGAGGGCAAGAGAAACUUGGACGAACGGCUGGUGGCUCAGAUGACCAUGCAGAUGGAGAUCCUAACGGAUCAGAGACACCAGUUAGAAACUAAGCUGACUGAUAGCGAAGCUCAAAUGCGUGCAGAGGCUCAACGAGCUGAGGAGCUGCAGUCGAAGAACUUGCAGCUGUGCGAAGAGCUGCGCGCAAUUCAGAGUCUGAGCCGGGAUUUGCAGCACGAAGCGGAUCAUAUGCGCACUCAGCAUGGCCAAGUUGAAACAUCCGUGCAGCAGCUACACACUGAGUUACAUGAAGGGCGCACCUCCUUACUCAGCAAGGAGAACGAACUGCAGCGUGCUGUCACGGAUAUCAAAUGCUUGCAAGAAUUGCUGGAGACAAGCCAGGCUGAUGCUAAACGCACCACGCAUGUUCUCGAGCAAAUGGAUCGGGAGAAGCGCGUACUGGAGCAAAAGUGCUCGCAACUUCUUGCAACAGAGCAUGCCCUUAAUGUUGAACUUGAGUCGCUGCGCAAGCUGGCAACGUUACACGAGGAGGGCCGCGCUCAGCGAAGCUCCGCCGAGCAUCGACGUGUCGGUGCUGCACUGGACGACCUGAGUGUCACGGCCGAUGCCCGCCGUGCACAGGUCGAGAACUUACAGCACGAGCUGCAGUCCAUGCAACACCAGUGCACUCACCUGCAAGAGGAGCGCGACCACUUUCGAAACGAGCUGGACCUUCUGAUGCGCAGGAACUCUUCAACCCGCGAUCCGGGCGUUGGUAGGGAGCGUUCGCCGCGGAAUUCCACCGUGGCUGACUUGUCUGCUAUCGAACGUGACAAUAGACAGUUACAGAAAGUCCUACAGAGGUUUGAAGGCCAGUUGGGUGAGAUUCAGCGUGACCUGAAGGCGGUGAAAGAGGAAAGAGACAGCCUCUCGUUGCUGUACAGACAGGCAUGUCAGCAAAUAGAUGAAUUGCGCAGGCACUCAGCUGAUGUCGAUGACCAUGCGGCGGCACAUCAGCGCACCGACUCACCAUCGACAAAGGCGCAUGUGCCCGCCAGCACACUUGAUGCUACCGCAGCCCAGCACUACUCGUCUCCGCGAGCAGAGCCGGGCGGCAAGGCACAAGGAUCGUCUCCGCGAGAGCUGCAGGCGCUGCGGGAAGAGCGCGACAGCCUAACAGCACGCAUAGGCAGUCUCCGUGCAAUGGUGGCCAGCCUUGAGGACCAGGUGAAGGCCUCGUCGGCUGCAACCAACAACGCCGUCUCGGAACAGAAGCAGGCUCAGGCCGUGGCGGAGGAGAUGCGACGUCUAAGUGAGCGCACACGGGAGCGCAUCAAGUUUUUGGAAGAGGACAUACAGCGUAGCACUGCCCAGUGUGCGUCACUGAAAGCACAGCUUCUGUCCAUGCAAGGCCAGAGCAGCACAUCGUCUGGAGUGGUCAACACACUACGCACUGAGUUGCGUACGAUCGAAGAGGAACGUGAUGGCUUGCUGCAGAAGGUGCGAGAGCUCCAGGCGAUCGUUGGACGUUCACGCGAUGAGCAGGACGCCAUUGUUCGCCAGGUUUCUGAUAAGCAACAGCUCAUGGAGGAACAGCAAGCCACUGUUGAACAGCUGCAGAGAAACCUAAGAGACCAAACCCACGGUCACUCUGUACAAAGUCAGAAACUGGAGGAGAUGCGGAACGCACUGCGGGAGGUUGAUGCGGAGCGAGAUCAGCUGCAUGCUAAGAUUGAGCGGCAGAAUGAAGAGUUCCAGAGAGCUAUGAAACUGCACAGCACUAAAGCGGCUGAAGCGGAAACACUGCAAUCGCGUCUGCAGCAGGCUGGCCAACAGGUCCGGCAUGGCGAUGACCGAUGCUCCGAGCUGCAACGUCAACUGCAGCACCUUCAGCAGCAGCUGGAGAAACAGGAGCUGCGCCAACAGCAGUGUGUACAGCAGCGUGAUGCCGAGACCGUGCGUGUUCAGCAGCUGAUGAACGAGCAGAUAGCCAGUAAACAAGCUAUUGAUGCGCUGAAGACUGAAUUGUCGCAGGCAAUAGCUAGCCGUGAGGAGCUCAAAGCCAGCAUACAGCAAUACACGGGCAGAUUGCUAGAGUUUGAGCAGGCCUUGGAGGCUAAGGAGCGAGAGAAGGGUGAGCUGCUAGAGUCUUUCCAUCGUCUCAGUGAGGAGCACUCAUCUUUGGACGAGUCUGCGCGCACUUUCCAAGAAGAGACGAGCCAUGUCCGCGUGGAGUACGGCAAGUUCUUGCAGGAGCACAAGAUGCUGCAGGAAACUCUACGCCAUCAAGCACAUGACAUACGUCAAUUGCAGGAUGAGAAAGGCGAGUACGAAACACGUGUGGCAGACCUGCAUAAGAAGAUAGACGCACUGCAAGCGCAGCUUCAGCAAACCCAGGACUCACUGCAUGCCUCAAUAUCGGAACGCACCUCGGCACGUGACCUGUGCGUCCGUCUGGACCAGGCACAGGAUGCCCUGCAGCAGAGGGUGACAGCGAUGUCUCGCGAAUCCGAGCAUCUCACCGCACAGCUAGGCGCCGAGCGCAGUGAGCGUCAGGCAAUCGAGAAUCAGUUUGAUGCGGAGAGAGUGUCCGUGAAGAACCUUGAGUCAUUGAUAGCAAUGGAGCGGGUGGAGGUCAGUCAGCAGCACUCGCACACAGACCGUCUCCAACUGGACAAUCAGAAACUAAGUGACCGGGUGAAGGAGAUGCAAGCCAAACUGCAAGAGGGUGAGAAGGACCUGGCAUUGUGGAGAGAGCAGACACGCACACUGAGCGCUCAAGUUGCCGACUUGAAGCGCCAGCUCACUAAUGAGCGCUAUGAGAAGGAGUGGACUAUUCAGCAAAUGCAGUCUGCAUCUGCUCCAACCACCACCGACACUGAGCAGGAAGACAAUGCGGCGAAGCCCCGUCGUUCACCACGUGCAAAGCAACAGCAGCAGCAGCAACAACACCAAGGGACACAUGAUGACUCGCCGAGACUUCACACUCACCACAGCGCUAGCAGUCCGCAUCAAUAUCACGGAUCAUCUUCGCAAGGGCUGUUGCAAUCCAGGCACCAAUCCACUGAGCUGCGCAGAGACUCUGGCUCUGAUGUCCUGUCGCCACUGCAUUCACCGCCUCGCUCUCAGGCUGAUGGCGGUGAUAUCCGCUCCACGGAUUUGCAGAAGACAUCGUCAGUGUCAACAGCAGGCACCAGUUCACUGAGUCAGCCACAGCUAGGAGAGAUGAUUGCAACUGGUGAGACAGUAACAGAGCUUUCUGACUUCCAAGCGGUGACAGCAGUAUCCUCUGUUCAUCCCCAGCCGCAAGCCGCCGUACCGCCGUUGCCUGUGAGUACAGCUGGGAGCUCCUCCGCCGUCACACAUACAACGGAUGGAGUUGGUGUAGGCAGAACUCAGUUGCUGCCUACAAUACCAUCGCCACGGCCAUCAGCUUCCUUUAGAUCGCCUGGUUCAGAUAUACUCACAGACUCACGGCAGCAGCAGCAACAGCAGCGCGCUCGGCAGUCUGGCUCUCAGCCGAUGCAUGAUCACGCCAUAUCGCCACUGGCUCUUAGCUCCUUGGGUAUGCCACUUCGCAUGACAGCAGCAGCGGUGGACAGACAGCAUGUUGCCAGCCAGUCGACGCAUGUCCCCGUCACUGAAUCCCCGCUGCACACGUCCACUCAUGCGCACAGUUUCAACGUGGCAUCGUCGACUGGCCACCGAGCUGGACCCGUUGCAUCCAGCGCACCGGCCUUGACGCUCGGCUCCGCAUCGUCAGUGACCAUGGCAACUGAGCAGUCUGCUGUUCUGGCCGGACACGGUGCCGGUCGUUUAGCGCCCUCGUUCUCUCUCUCGCCCAUCACCGCCAGUACAGGCCGAGAAGCGGUGGCGGUGUCCACAGCUUCUAGUACAGGCUCACCCAGUGUACACAGUGGCGGUGAUGGUGGUAUGGCUGUGUCAGCGGCGGUGGUGCCUACGAGUAGUGGAAGCUCGGCACCAUCUAAACCGUCCCCUACCCAGCACUCCAGCAAUGUCGGCACUGCCUCUCAGCCGAUGGCUAGCGCUUCAACUGCAUCAUUGUCCACCACCUCCACGUCAUCAGCGGUGAUCCCCUCCACUUCGGUUUCAUCUAGAGGUGGUGCGGCAGCCAGCUCAGCCAGAUCGGGAGACGGUCAUGUCGGUACGAGCGCGGGUUCUGUUUUGGUCGACAGUGCAGUGUUUAGCCAAGCGUCGUCGCUCGGCGCUAGUAGUGCGGCGGCGUUUGCCAAUCGCAGCGCACCGUCAACCUCCUCCAGCCGUGUGCACGGCCACUCCAGUAGCGGCGGCGUUUUAGGCACUGCCGCUGCGUUGUCGUCGUCACACACCGACCCAAGCUCAAUGGGGGUCGGUGUGUCACCAUUGCUCCACUACCACUCACCAUCAGCGCAGGUCGACAGCACUCCGUCGCGACACGUCACGUUUGCGUCCUCGUCCGCGUCCUCGAGCCUCAUCACACCGCUGCUGCAGUCGCAAGGAACGUUAUCAACCGGCUCGCCAUCUCAUCAUCAUCAUCAGCAGCAGCAGUCGCUGGUCAUGACGCCUAGCUCGGACCGUCUGUCCAUUAGCAGUCUCAGUUCUUCUCGUAGUGACGCCGCCACCGAUGGUAGUGGCCAGUUAUCGGAUACAGGACGACGCACGCAGCCUUCGGAUAUGACGGUUCUAUUGCUCGGCGAGCAAGAAAGCUACAAGAGCAUGGGAGACCGCCUAAUGGCAGAGGUACUGAAGCACCAUCCCGGAGCACCGUCCACGUCAUCCGAAACGGACGAGUAUUGAUCACCCAGAUCUGGCAUCCACCUGAGCCCCCGCCGGGGCGCAUAGCUGUGCCAGCUUGAUCAUGAUCCUCUCGUAUGGUUAGUUCAGGGUUCACUGCAUGUUCUGUCGUCAACUUCAUCCACACAUACAGCCAGUACUGAUACACUUGCUGUGAUUACAGUUACAAGUGUAGAGUCUGAGCCGGAAAAAAGAGUUGCUUCUUCGCUCCACUUCUAUUUUUAAAUCUGACGACAGUCUCAGUGGCAUGGAAGCACCAACUUGGUUCCUGCCUGCUUUCUUUUCCACGGCUGCUGGAUCAGCUGAAUUCAUAGUCUCCAAUUUUAUCAAUCUUAGGCCUCAGCAUCAGCACACACACACACACACACACACACACACACAUGCACAUUAGUCUGUUGAAAUGAUAUCGUUGUUACCUGGGAAGAUGCCCAAGUGCUGUGAAUGGUAUCCCGUGACAGUGGGACCGGGCUACCAUUGCUCAUUCCCCUGCAUAGAAACUGUGAAUUCAAGUCCUGACGAGACAUCGAAAAUUUAUUUCAAACUUACUCAUAAUUAUUUUUCGAGCUAGCCUUGUCGUACCGUACUCUCACCAUUUCACUAUGUCAUAUUUUCGAAGCGUCUCCUUUCCCCUUGAAAUACUCCCUGUAGAUAUUUUAGUGGCUUCCUCCGUAGGCUGAUCUGUUGGCUGAUUAUCGUUUUCCAAUCACUGGUGCUUGCAAACUGGUGCAAUGGUAUCCUCAGUGUACAUGCUGCGCAAUGUAUUUCGCAAGUGCAUGUAGUACCUACGUAUCUUGACUUGAGACAUAUAGGACCAAGAUGUAUUCUUGGUAGGACUUGA